CGCAUGGUCACCGUGACCACUGUCGGUUCCGAAUACGCCGUUCCCACUCGGCCGUUCCCAUGGGUGCUCAUGGACUUUUGGAGCCGGACCGAGUGCACAGCCACAGGAUUGGCGACGGCUUUGGCACCAGUGGAGUUGAGUCCAGCUUGGGUCCUUCAAUCUCUUGGUCCAGCUAUUUGAGAGGGGCUCUUGCACACAGCUUAGUUUGGGGCAGUUUGCAAGUUGGUGCCCUCAGUCCAUUCAUCACUUUGGCCUUGUAUCAUCUACAAGGACCUGGCACCGCUGUGUUUUUCCUUUCUAUGGCCGUGCUGAGCGUUUUGGUUCCUUUCAGUCACUCUCCAUCCUUCUGCCGCUUCUACUUGGGAAGCGCAGCAUGCGUGGGUGGAUCUACUGUUUGGGUACCGGAGAAGAUCCUCCAACGUCUUCAAGCUGGAGGAUACUUGGUUUGCUUUCACCCGCAUGGGAUUCUGCCGUUGGGAUUCAGCUUCAACGGGGCCUUGAGGGUUAAAGCUGAAGAGCCAACCCAGUUCCUCCCGGAGUCGUUCAACUUCCCAAAGGACUGCAAUGGUGUACAAGCUCCAGUUCUUUGGCGUGUACCCUUCUUUGCUCCAGCUCUCCGGAUGUGGGAUGCGUGCACACCUGCCACCAAAAGACCCUUAUCUACACCAAAGGAUCAUUUUUCAAUGUUUUACAUAUUAUCAUUGUCGUUAUUUCGCAUAAUAGUCAUUGUGACGGAGAGUUGCCACUUGUUUCGGGACUGUCGUAUGGGAGGUCCUACAUUUUUUGAAUUAUUGAUAUUUUCUUUGAUCUACUGUAAAAAUACAAUUAUAUAUAUAAUAUAUAUGUACACAAAAACGUUAUAUUCUAUGAAUCUUCUCCGCCACGCUGGACCAACAUGUCUAGAAUUGGAUAUGAAGUCUUUCUUCGAGUGUUGACCUUAAGCUUAUCCCGCACAGCUGCCAGGCAAUAUGAAGAAGCUAUUAGCAGCAAAGACGGCUUUUGGAAUUAUUCCGGGUGGAAGCGAGGAUGUAGCAAUCCACGAGCAUGGCAAGGAGAAUGUCUACAUCAAUUCUCGUUAUGGUUUCAUAAAAUAUGCUCUCCAGCAUGGAUACUGUUUGAUCUUGGCCUACACUUUUGGUGAAAACGAUCAAUAUUACAGCCUGUCAUGCCUAAGACCGUUGAAUCUAUGGCUGGUGAAGCGUUUCGGCUUUGUGCUACCACUCUUCUGGGGCAAGAACUUUUGCCCACUGCUGCCCAGAGGUGGCGGUUUGAACACCGUCUAUGGCAGAGUCAUUGACCUACCAGUGAUCCAAGAUCCUACAUCGGAAGACCUGGUCAAAUGGCAUGCGAUCUACGUUGAAGAGCUCAAGGCGAUGUUUGAUCAGUACAAAGGUCAAUUCGGAUUUGGUGACAGAGAAUUGCGAUGUCACUGAAGCUUUCUGAGGGCCUCUGACCAUUCUAAUCAGCUCACGUAGAUUUACGUUUGAGCUAUUUUGCGGUUGUGUUACUGGCCUUUGAGGCCUGUGUGCCGGCCGGUCGAAAAGGAGACUUGCUGAUAGGUCUCCAUGCCGAAGUGUACACACACACACACACUUUCGCUCGAGCAGC